AAACAGGUAUUAUAAAUUUCAGCGAGUACCAGACACGUUGUUCCACAUUUAAGUAAGUGAGCCAUGAGCCUAGCUCCAGCGAUCUCUCUUAUAAAGCCUUCACGCCGCAUCAUGUCCUCCAGAUUUGUUUGGAAGUUCAAGGUGAUCAGUUCUCCAUGAAGCCGUGUUCGAGAUUUCCGUGAUUAGAGUGCCAAAAUGGAUUACGCCCUGUGUAUUUUCGUUGCGCUUUUCUCGACCGCGUGGUGUGCCGCCGUCAACAACCACAGCGACCACGAAACAGCACAAGUGCGAAAAAGGGAAACCGCCUUCAGGGAACUGAUGGCAUGCGGAUUGACACGUGACGCUUCCUGCUUCCUGGACGCGGCCGACGUGCUCGUGGAGGAAAGGAUGGACGACGUUUUAGCCCAAGCGGAUCUCGAGGUCUCGAAGACCAGCGGUCGCGCCGACGGGGAAGAAUCCCCCAGCCAGCUGACCAAAGCCAUCCAGAGGAUCAUCUCCGAGUUGAGCGAAAUAUUUAAGGACAGUUUCUCCGGGUUGUUCAAGAGUGCUCGAGAAGAAGAGGAAGAAAGCGAAGAAGUCGAAGAUGAUACCAAGCAGCGCAAAAUGGCCAAGAGUUCCGAAGAACCUAGGAAGAAAAAGAAGAUCAAGAAGUUGAUAGCGUUGAUCAAGCUGAUCGUGAUCGGGCUGAUAAUCAAGGCGAAGAUCACUCUUUUGCUUAAAAUGUUGUCCGCGGCGCUGCAGGUCAAGUUCUUCCUGGUGGCCCUUGCUGGGUUGAUUUUGAACGCCGCCAGGUUCUACAUAGAUUUGAAGAAGGGGCACCAGCCCCAGAAGGUGAUUUAUUACGAGCACGCCCAGCACCAGCACCACUAUGAAGGGGACGAGGACUGGGGCAGCAGCGGCCCUGGGGGUGGUUACUGGGGGCGGUCGUACGACGAGGAGGAGUCUGCUCAAGAUUUGGCGUACUCUAAGCAAAAACCGCACAAGAAAAACGAGAAGCCGGCGUUUUCGUGGUUGGGUUAAUUUGAGGCAUUAAGAGUAGGGUUGUUCUCAGGUAUUGUACGCGCGUACGAGAACUUGUAAAUUUGAAAAAAUCGAGUAACUAGUCAUAGGUGGGAGGCUUAAUUUAUUCUAUUUAUUUUAGUUUAGUGUAGACGUUUAACAAUAAAUUUUUACUUUCUGGUA